AAUCCGGAAUGCUGCCCGAUGGCCCUGAGUCCUCGCUGUGGGGCAAUCCGGGCUUGCAGGCGAGGUAAGGUCGACUCCAUUUGGCCCGCGGAUGGUCACACGGGCGGGGGCCGGGGCUGCAGUCGCCGCCACGGCUGUUGUCGCGUUGGUCUCGGCCGCACUCGCGCUGUACGGGCCACCACUGGACGCAGUUUUAGAAAGAGCGUUUUCGCUACGUAAAGUACAUUCAAUAAAGGAUAUGGAAAAUACGUUGCAGCUGGUGAGAAAUAUUAUCCCUCCUCUGUCUUCUACAAAGCACAAAGGACAAGAUGGAAGAAUAGGCGUAGUGGGAGGCUGUCAGGAGUACACUGGAGCCCCAUAUUUUGCAGCAAUCUCAGCUCUCAAAGUGGGCGCAGAUUUGUCCCACGUGUUCUGUGCCAGCGCGGCUGCGCCUGUGAUUAAGGCCUACAGCCCGGAGCUGAUCGUCCACCCAGUUCUCGACAGCCCCAGUGCUGUUCAUGAGGUGGAGAAGUGGCUGCCCCGGCUGCACGCUCUUGUCGUAGGACCUGGCUUGGGUAGAGAUGAUGCGCUUCUCAGAAAUGUCCAGGGCAUUUUGGAAGCAUCAAAGGCCAGGGACAUCCCUGUCAUCAUCGACGCGGACGGCCUGUGGCUGGUCGCUCAGCAGCCAGCCCUCAUCCAAGGCUACCAGAAGGCGGUCCUCACCCCCAACCACAUGGAGUUCAGCAGACUGUAUGAUGCUGUGCUCAGAGGCCCUGUGGACAGCAAUGACCGCCAUGGAUCUGUGCUGAGACUCAGCCAGGCCCUGGGCAAUGUGACGGUGGUCCAGAAAGGAGAGCACGACAUCCUCUCCAAUGGCCAGCAGGUGCUUGUGUGCAGCCAGGAAGGCAGCAGCCGCAGGUGUGGAGGGCAAGGAGACCUCCUGUCGGGCUCCCUGGGUGUCCUGGUGCACUGGGCGCUCCUUGCUGGACCGGAGAAGACAAACGGAGGCGUGUCAGACUUGAAAUUGACAAUUUGGGGUCCCAAGAUUGACACAGGAGUCAAAACCAGAGCCCAGGUUGGCUGCGGCCCCCGGACCACGACGGCCACUUCCCCACACCUCCCGCUGUCGCCCUCUCCGCAGGUCCAGCCCUCUCCUGGUGGCUGCAUUCGGCGCCUGCUCUCUCACCAGGCAGUGCAACCACCAAGCCUUCCAGAAGCACGGUCGCUCCACCACCACCUCCGACAUGAUCGCCGAGGUGGGGGCCGCCUUCCGCAAGCUCUUUGAAACCUGAGCCCACGCAGACCAGAAGGAACUCCUUGGUAGUAACCGAGAAGACGGAAAUGAAGAAAAUCACGAGAAUGAAGAAUUCCUUAGCAGCUCAACAGAAUUUAUUUCUCCACCUGCUCCCAAAUCAGCGAAGUUUCUACUUGUUUCUCUCUCUGCCAACGCCCUUCAUUUCUCUCCUGCUUCCCUCCCCUAGUCGUUCCUCCGGCAGGGAGCCGGGCACGGGUCCCCGGGUGUCUCCGAGUCCUGACUGCACUGACUGCGUUUCCUCUGACUGGCCCAUCAGAGGGCUCUUCCUUCUGCAGCUCGUCGUCUUUUCAAGUGGUGAUGAGCUUGGUGGUGUCCGGCUGCUGGUAUUUGGUUGGCUUAUUGACAUACUCCAGGGUAAUCAGUGAUCACUUUGUUUGGAAACCGUUUUGGAGGCACCAUGGGAACAGAAGGAAACCUGAGUGACGCUGACCCUUGAGUGGGUGGGCGGGGAGCUUAGACGCCUCCUCUCCCACGCUCUCCAGUGUCCAUGUCUGCACAGAGGUCCCCAUGACACCCACCAGCCCCAGCAGAGCAGACUUGACCGGGGACGGGCACCAUGGAGGGCUGCAGCCUGGAAUCUGACGUGGCCGCUAGUGCUGUCUCAGGAGAAGGCUCUGGGGGACUUGGGGCAUGCUGGGCCUGGUGCAGCGAUGGCACUAAGGAGACCUGGGGAAAGACAGUGUCGUGGUCAUGUGUGCUUAGGAAGCAGCGCGGCUGUGUCCUCAGGGAUGUUCGCGUCCAGUAAAGACACUAGUAACUGCACUUCAGCUAAUACGCUUCAUGGCAGUGUUGCCCUCGGGUUAGCUUCUGUUGUCUGUAUGGUGGUUUUCCUGGAGCGGCCUGACAGUGACAUGUUCUCUGGUCCUAUGUCUUAGUGGGGCUUGGUACCGUUUUGUGCCUGACGCGUGCACUAGGGUGUUCUCUUCUACUUUCUGGGACGCCCUUUCCACUGCAAGGGCAAACCCUCCUGGUUCCCGUCAGAGUCUUUUUGGCCUGAUGAUGACUCUUGAGUGAUACCCUGCCGUGUAGACACGCCCCAGAUGGAUUCUACUUUCUUUAAAACUAGGAACUUUGAAGAUUAAAAAAUAGAUUGUCACUACUAAUUCGACACCUAACUUCAGAAGCUUCAUGUCCAAUGUGAACUUUUCCAGAAAAACCAUGCCAUGGACAUUUUUCCUUUGGGGAAUUAACAUCCAGAUUCUGGUAACUAUUAAAAGACAGAUCUGGUUAAUUUAAAUGGAGCGUUGUAUUUUUUUCCUUAAACAGCUGAAGCUCCCCUUUCAACUUUCUUAGGUGAGGAUAUGGUGAGCUACCAGGGAGAUAAAAGUAUACAAGCCUGUCUGUGUGAGACUGCCCUCACCGCCAGCGCCUCUCCCCCAUGAUGGCUGCGAUAAAGCGCCUUGAAGGAUAAGCCCAGGGCAGCCCGUUCUUUCCUUAGGAAGUACGAUUCAGCAGUCACAGGAAUUAUUUGUAUGGUUUUUAUGACUAAAUUUUUGUUCUAAGUAAAACAUCCCUUUACUUAA